GGACAAGUAAUAAAUAAAGCACUUAAUUCAUAGCCGAAGACACUACAUAGAAGAUCUACUGUGGAGGCUGGUUGAACACACUUCACACUUGCUCGAUGCUUCAAAAAGAAAGAAAGAAAGCUACGAGGAUAAGCAUUUGGAAGAUUCUAAGUCAAAAGGCGCAAGCACAGAUGAGCGCCGCCGCUACUCGAGCGGCCACCGGCGAGAAGCCCCACGCGGUGUGCCUGCCGUUCCCGGCGCAGGGCCACAUCACGCCGAUGCUGAAGCUCGCCACGAUCCUCCACGCCAGGGGCUUCCACGUCACCUUCGUCAACACCGAGUACAACCACCGCCGCCUCGUCCGCUCCCGCGGCGCCGCCGCCGUCGCGGGCCUCCCGGGCUUCCGCUUCGCAACCAUCCCGGACGGCCUGCCGGCGUCCAACGCCGACGCCACGCAGGACCCCGCGGCCAUCAGCCACGCCACCAAGCACCACUGCCCGCCUCACUUCAGGAGCCUGCUCGCCGGGCUCGGCGCCGUGGCCUGCGUCGUGGCGGACAACCUGAUGAGCUUCAGCGUGGACGCCGCGACGGAGCUCGGCGUGCCGUGCGCGCUCUUCUGGACGGCCAGCGCCUGCGGCUACAUGGGCUACCGCAACUUCCGCCCCCUCAUCGACCGAGGAAUCAUCCCGCUCAAAGACGAAGAUCAGCUGACGAACGGGUUCAUGGACAUGCCGGUGGGCUGGGCGCCAGGCAUGAGCAAGCACAUGCGGCUCAAGGACUUCCCGAGCUUCCUCCGCACCACGGACCCCAACGACGUCCUGCUCACGUUCCAGCUACACGAGGUGGAGCGCUCCGAGUCCGCGGCGGCCGUCAUCGUCAACAGCUUCGACGAGCUGGAGCGGCCGGCCCUCGACGCCAUGCGCGCCAUCAUCCCGGCCGUGUACACGAUCGGCCCGCUCGCGUCCGUCGCGGAGCAGGUCGUCCCCGCCGGAGGCCCUCUCGACGCGAUCAGCUGCGGCCUGUGGCGGGAGGACCCCGCCUGCCUCGCGUGGCUGGAAGGAAGGAAGCCCCGGUCGGUGGUGUACGUGAACUACGGCAGCGUGACGGUGAUGAGCGGCGAGGAGCUGGCGGAGUUCGCGUGGGGGCUGGCCGGCAGCGGCCACGACUUCCUGUGGGUCGUCCGCCCGGACGUCGUGAAGGGCGGCACCGGCCCGGCGGCGGCGACGCUGCUGCCGGGGUUCGCGGAGGCGGCGCGGGGCAGGGGCCUGCUGGCGAGCUGGUGCGACCAGGAGGCGGUGCUGCGGCACGAGGCGGUGGGGCUGUUCCUGACGCACAGCGGGUGGAACUCGACCGUGGAGAGCCUGGCCGCCGGCGUGCCGAUGCUGUGCUGGCCCUUCUUCGCGGAGCAGCAGACCAACUGCCGGUACGCGUGCACCGAGUGGGGCGUGGCGGCGGAGGUCGGCGGCGACGUGAGGCGGGAGGCCGUGGCGGCGAGGAUACGGGAGGCGAUGCGCGGGGACGGGAAGGGGAGCGAGAUGGCGCGCCGGGCGGCGGGGUGGAAGGAGGCCGCCGCUCGGGCGACGGUGGAGUCGCUCGCGAACCUCGGCUCGCUGAUCGACGACGUGCUGCUCUCGGGCACGAGCCGGCGGCGUACGCUUUCGCUUUCACGAAGCGUCGAGGAAAGCUAGCUGCGAUGCAUCCGGGUCGCCGGAGCCGUUGAAAAUCUCAAAUCUGAAAUAUCCGUUGUCGUGUUUUUUUUUCAGCCAACUUUUGAGACGUCGUGAUGUAUGCGUUUGGAAAAUAUGGUGCUCCCCUUUCGUCGUGUUGGGUGGUUUCUGGUUGCUAUCGACAGCGCGGCCGUCUGCGGACGACCGCCGCCGCCGCGGAAGAAGAGUCAGAGGAUUUUUUUUUAUUUU